AUGAGUCUAGCCGUCGAUUCUCCGAUACCCGACUCAUCCGCCAGCAGCGAUCCCGUCGAUGACUUCGCCGGCUUUCUCGACGAAGUACUCGAUUCCGAUUCCGACGAGGACGUGGCAAGUUUGCAGAGCACAAAGCGUCGUAAGGUGGAGGUGAAUAGUAAUGGGUCGUCUUCAAUUUCGAGCUCGGAAGUCUUGGAAGUAGAGAAGAAUGGUUCUUUGUGUGAACAUCUUGCUGGUUCUUACAAAGAUAUGUGUUUGAUUUGUGGGCAAAGGUUGGAUCAGAAUGAGAAUGAGAAAUCCGAGUUGGAGGAGUUGCGGGUUAACAAUAUUCGUGAAAUUGACCAAGGAAAACGAAAUUCAAAGACUAGGGAGUUGCUGCUAGGACGCAAGAAACUUCAUUUGGUGCUUGAUCUGGAUCACACAUUGCUCAAUACUACUGCGGUGGGGUACUUGACGCCGCAGGAACGGUACUUGUUAGAGGGAGAUCACUCUCUGGAAGAUGUUUUCGUGGUGCGAAAUUCGCCUGUGGAUUUGGUGACCAAAUUGAGGCCGUUUGUUGGGACGUUUUUGAAGGAGGCCAGUGAGAUGUUUGAGAUGUCCGUGUACACAAUGGGGGAAAGGCCAUAUGCGCAGCAGAUGGUUAAGCUGCUGGAUCCUCGAAAUGAGUACUUUGGUGAUAGAGUUGUAUCGAGAGAUGAUAGCACCAGGAAGUUUGAAAAGAAUUUGGAUGUUGUGUGUGCUAAAGAGAGUGCUGUUUUGGUGCUUGAUGAUACACAGCAAGUGUGGAUAAAGCAGAAUCAGGACAAUGUGGUACUAAUGCGGAGGUAUCUGUUCUUUAGGAACAGUUAUGACUCUUUUGGCUUCAAGUAUUGUAUGUCUCAUUCGGAGUUGAAGACUGAUGAAAGUGAUGAGCAGACUCAAGGAGCUUAUCUAGCAGCUAUUCUUCAGCUUCUUAAACGAAUCCACAGCAUGUUCUUCGAUGAUAAAGUGGCUGCGCGGGACAAUCUAAUUGAUAGAGAUGUGAGGCAAGUGUUAAAAAGUGUUGGGAGUCAAGUCUUGAAAGGGUGUAAAAUCGCCUUCGGCUGUGUUUUGGCAUCAGCAGCCCAAGCUGAUUUGUGGAACAUGGCAGAGAAGUUGGGAGCAGUUUGUUCCACAGAAGUAAUGGAUCCAUCAGUCACACAUGUGAUCGAAACAGAUGCGGAAACAGAAAAUUCUCAAUGGGCAGUGAAAGACGGCAAGUUUCUGGUCCAUCCACAGUGGAUUCAGGCUGCAAGUUUUAUGUGGCAAAAGCAACCUGAAGACAUGUUCUCUAUAUCAUAG